CGCCACUGCUUCGCUUCCUCCCGCUCCACACACGAGGCACAUCCACGCAUAAGGCGGGCAGGCGGGUGGCCGGCGGCCGCACCUCCCACAAGGACAGCUGCCGCAGUGGCUUUUUACACACACGCGCGCGCGCGCACACACACACACACACACCAGAGACAGGAGGCGCAGGAACGGGACCCGUAAGGAGGCGCCCCAGCAGCCCUUGAAGGCUGUCAGGAGAGGCACCGGGGUGGGUUUAUUAAGGCAGUUCAGGAGGCUGUCGCGGGGACCAGCCGCAAGACUUGCUGGCCUCCUCAGUCCUACUCCCGCCGACCCACCCUAUCCGGCUUGGAGAAUCGCGGCCCGUAUCUUGGAAAAGAAGGGGGACGCCAUGGAGCUCAAUGCAGGUGGCGUGAUUGCUUACAUCAGCUCUUCGAGUUCAGCAUCUAGCCCUGCCUCAUGCCACAGUGACGGCUCAGAGAGCAGUUUCCAGUCCUCCUCUUCACCUGUACCACCAUCACCAAACAGUUCCUCUUCAGAGGGCAGCUGUAACAGCAAGAGCGGAGAGGGCUCUGAUGGAGCACCAAAGAAUGACCAGUUAAAUGAUCACAUUGAAGCAAAGCAUUCAAGCAUAACUGGAUUGGCCAAGGGUCAUAGUGGACUUACAAAAUUUAAUGGCAUGGUCCUGCUGUGUAAAGUCUGUGGAGAUGUUGCUUCAGGAUUCCACUAUGGGGUUCAUGCCUGUGAGGGCUGCAAGGGUUUUUUCAGAAGAAGCAUUCAGCAAAAUAUCCAAUACAAGAAGUGCCUGAAGAAUAAUAACUGCUCUAUAAUGAGAAUGAAUAGAAACAGGUGCCAGCAGUGCCGAUUCAAAAAAUGUUUGUCGGUUGGGAUGUCAAGAGAUGCGGUUCGAUUCGGCCGGAUCCCUAAACGUGAGAAGCAAAGGAUGUUGAUUGAAAUGCAAAGUGCCAUGAAAACCAUGAUGAACACUCAGUUCAGUGACCAUUUGCCCAGUGAGGCAUUAAAAGAUAGCCAAGAACCUUUACUCCUACUGCCUCAGGAAGAGGUCAACUCCAAAUCACUGCAAGAGCAAGAAAAUACCAAUGUCCCCUCUUCUUCUUCCCCACCUCUUCCUCCUCCCCCUCCCCCUUCUGACAUUGCUAAGGAAGAAGUGAUUGGCAUGGUGACCAGAGCCCACAAAGAUACCUUCAUGUACAACCAGGAACAACCAGAAAAUCCUCCCACUGUUGUGAAGCCCCCAAAUGGGGAAAGAAUUCUCAAGUACACUGAGCAAUAUCAUUCCAGUGGCGAACCUGUUAAUAGUGGCAUAAGCAGCACCCACCAUGGUGGGAAUGAGCAACAUUUCAAUGGACAGUACAAAGGGCGAAGCGGCAUGCAUUAUCCAAAUGGGUAUAACCUCUGCUUCACAAGCAGCCAUUCUAUGAACUUUGCUAAUGGCUUGACCUUAAAAGGUUGCAAUAGGAUGCCCGGAAACAGCUUUCCUCCAAAUGAAUCUAUGAAUGUCUACUCCUGGAGCACUGGAAGCAGAAUGCAUCUGGUUUGCCCGAUGAACAAGACUCCUUUUGUGGACCCAAAUAAGUCUGGUCAUGAAGUCUGGGAAGAAUUUUCCAUGAGCUUUACCCCUGCAGUGAAGGAAGUGGUGGAGUUUGCCAAACGCGUUCCAGGCUUCCGAGACCUUUCCCAGCAUGACCAAGUGAACCUUCUAAAGGCUGGAACCUUUGAGGUUUUAAUGGUACGGUUUGCAUCUUUAUUUGAUGCCAAGGAUCGUACUGUCACCUUUCUUAGUGGAAAGAAAUAUAGUUUGGAUGAACUGCAUUCAAUGGGAGCUGGUGAUCUGCUCAACUCCAUGUUUGAGUUUAGUGAAAAGUUAAAUGCCCUGAAUCUUGGUGAUGAAGAAAUGAGCUUGUUUACAGCGGUGGUUCUUGUGUCUGCUGAACGAUCAGGAAUAGAAAACGUCAACUCCGUGGAAGCACUGCAGGAAAUGCUAAUCCGUGCGCUCCGGACCUUAAUCACAAAAAAUCAUCCAAAUGAAGCCUCUAUAUUUACAAAACUCCUUUUGAAAUUGCCUGACCUGCGUUCCUUAAACAACAUGCACUCUGAGGAACUUUUAGCCUUUAAAGUUCACCCGUAGGUUUUCGCCUCUUAUUUAUAUAAUGGACUUGCUUAAUGUUAACUAACGGUGUGUAUUUUGUGCUAAAAUAUUUAUUUAUGUUUGUACGUAUCUCUCGUGGAGAAGAAGAACUUGCUGACUGUGCAAUGGGUAGAUGUUCUGUUGUCAUGCAAUAAUGCUUCAGGUUGAACAUUUUUCUACCCGUGACAACAUGGCCACAGAUUUCUUCAUGAUUAUCCAAAACAGCCCCAUUUGCACUAAAGCUGAAGAAGUUACACUACAUGUUAUGGAUACUGACUGUUAAGUACUGUGCCCCUACAACAACAAAAUACUAAUUUUCUCUUCUAUAUUGAAUGGAUAAGAAUGUACAAUGGCUACACAUGGAAUGCAGAAUUUCAGUAAAUGACACUACAAUGACUGAAGAGAGAUUUAAUUGGUCUCUUCCCCCUUUUGAGCUCUCAUGUUGUUGGGGUAGGAAGUUCUGAAAAUCUGUUUGUAGUUUUACUGUUCUUAAUCAAGGAAACUCCAUAGGAUGUCUUAGCGUAUACCAAUUUGGUUGCUGUAGCUGGCACACAUGCUGUGUGUAUAUAUAUUAUAUGAACAAAGAUGUUGGGUGUGUUACAUCUUUAUAAAAUACAUCGUGUAUGUACAUAUUUAUGUGUAUGUAUAUAAAUAGUUCUAAAUAAACAACAUGCAUUUAUCUUCACAAUAUUUUCAACUGUGGAGAAGUUAACCAAACAAAAGGAGGCGACCCAUGGCAACAACCAAAUUGAUAUAUUUGGUUAUGUACUGUCGAGCCAAAUGUCUUGAGAGUCCGUAACGUUUAGAGAAUUCCUGUUAACAGUAAUAUAUGAUGAAUCAGUUAAUUUAAGUACUUCAGCAUCAAAAGUGAAAUGGUAGGCCUGUCAGAUCAGACUUUUAAACGAAGGAAAGAUACUUAGACUGGGGUGACUUCUUUUUUUAAUUCAUUGCACCUAAGAUUGUUAAGCGCUACGAGGCACUUAAAGCUGCUGGAUACACUCUUGAAUUUAUCUGAAAGGAAAGUUUAUGUGUAGUUCCCUGGAGAAUCAUGGAAAACUUCAAGGAAAUUAUAUUUUUGUUGCAUAUUUGUGUGUUGUGUGAAUCAUAUACCUUACACUACAUUUAUAUGCUGUUUGAAUGUUACAUGAGAUUGGGAAACAAAACUGAGACGCAGCCAAUGUCUUUUAACAGUUGUAUGCAUCCCAUCCCCCCACCCAGAGUGUUAGAGAUGUAAAGAGUUCUUAAACUUUUUGCUGUACACAACAAAGGUCUGCUAGAUCGUCUUAUAUCAGGUCUAUUUUUCUAUACGUAUGUGCAUUUUUAAAACACCUGCGACAAAUUCCUAAACACAAGUAUCUGCUUUGUAUCCUGUUGCUAUCUCAAAACAAUAUUUUCAUAUAAUACCAAGAAGUAAAAAUAUACAAUGGCACUCCAGCUCAGCUAGAGUAUUACCAUUCCCCUUCUUGUUUCAUAAUACAAAAAGAAAAAUGCUCUAGAUUGGAUUCAGACUUAGUCAUAUUUGGGGUUGACCCAUUGAAAUCUGAUUAAUCAUGAGUAACUUGAUAUCAGUGGGUCUCCUCUGCAUAUGACUAAGAGUGGAUCCGAUCCUCUGUUAGCUUCCACCUUACCUAAACAAAAGAUUGAAUCCACAGUUUACAAUGUUGGUAUUUCACAAUCUCGGAACAAUUUUACAAUCUGGUAACUCCAAACAUCUCCUAUUAGGUUUAUGUGAAGAAUUAAGAUGUAUUAAUUGCUUUUUAAUUUUAACAGUGUCUGUCUCAAAAUUCAGUCUAAUUCAAAGGGGAAGUGUACAGCUCUCCUCUGUGCACAGAAUGGAGACCACUAUACUGCCACCAUUCUAUAGGAAACAUCCCUCCAUUCCUGUUUCACCUGAACAACUACUCAGUCAUCUCACCUUAAGACCUUCCCCUACAGUAAUCCCGUCACAUUUUCGAAACAUAAAUUGCUCAUUUGGUAGGAUACAUGUAUUUUCAGAAACAGUAUUUUUCUUAAAAAUCAAAAAAAGAAAGUUGACAUUUUAGGCUUCUUAUAGAAGUUUCCUCUCCGCAUAUAAAAUGUCUUGACUUUUAUUAUUCAGCCUUUUGAUAAGUAUAACCAGCACUAUGUAAAGUAUUGCUUAAAAAAAAAUUGCAUACACACACACAUAAGCAGCCAUAGUGGGGGCUUGCUCAUUCACAAAAAGGCUGCCAUGAUGGGUGUGGCCAAAUCAUAACACACCCAUUUCACAGAAGGCAAAAUGGUGAGGCUGAGAGAGAGCCUGACCAAUAAAUUGAAUACAAGGGAGAGGUGGGGCCUAAGGCCAAAUCACACACCUGUCCCCACUCCCUCUACCCCUAUAGGACAUUGCCUAACACCACCAACUUAUUCCCCCCCCCCCCCAUUUUUCUGGGUGGCCAGGAGCACUUCAAAAUAAAGCACUGGGCUUUAUUUUAUUUUUAUUUUUAUUUUAAUAAAAUUUAAUUUUAAUUUUAUUUUAAUUCCUGUUAACAGUAAAAUAUAUUCAUGCAAUUUCAUUUUGAAUUACAUGUUCCUUUACAUUGUAGAAGUCCUUUAUUUUAUUUACCAAAUCCUAGAUCUAAGCUCAGCUUAAUUUUUAGAACACCCCUGUGUUGCAAUCUCUAAGGCCCAGAACUUCUACUAGCAGCUUUAGAGUUGUGCUGCAUCAUUUCUUCCCGCACUGAUGGGGUACUGGAGAGAGCUACAAAGCAACUCUUUCCCCUGUGGCAUCAGCCUUCAGAUAACUGAGGUGCCACUAGCGUGGAGAACCACUGCCACGUGGCUUUGCACAGUCCCAGUCAGCGGAGGAGGAAGUGUCACUGUGGUGCCAUGCUGCCAGAGUUAACUCUCAUAAGGAGCAGGCCUCUGUGAAUUUUAUCUAAAGAAGCCAAUUGUCAUGAGCUCUGCUUUACUGUGCCACUGGUUAUACACUUGAUAAAAAUACUGAGAAAUAUUUCAUACCAGACUGUUGAGUACUUACUGUUGAUGGGGCAUUGCUGAGAGAUUACAAAAAUGUACUGUAUGAAACUAUGAUUUUUUUUUUACUCUGGUUUUACAUGUUUUAAAGGAUUAAAUAUGGGCAUUAUGUUGGCAAA